AUGGCCGAGGCUGGCCCCGACGACGCGGACGGGCUGCUGGGCGAGCUGGGGUCGCAGGAGCUGGAGGGGGCCGACGAGGGCGAGGGCCCCGCUGCGGCAGCCGCGCAGCCGGGGCCCAUCGUCAUCGAGGCGCGCGAGAUCUACCAGGGCACGGGGUUCGACUGUGCUGGAGCAGAGCAGUGCAGCUUUGUGUGGCAGGCGCUGCGGAGCAGAGUCGCGGGGGCCAUCCGAGAGGGCGCCCCGCUGCGCAUCUGCACCGAGGAGCCGUGCAACGUGGGCGCCCUCCCUCGGAACUGCCGGGAGGUGGUGCGCGUCAGGGACGCGCUGCGGCUGGACCUGGCGAUGGUGGCCGACGUGUACGCGCAGUGCCUGGGCCACAACCCUGGGGCGACCUGGCCCGCGGACCUCCCCGGGCGUUCGCGGCUGGGCCUGGCGCGGCGCUGCGGCAGGUGCUCGACGCCUCGUCAAGCCGCGCGCGCGAGGCCCGGGGGCGAGGUGCUCGACGAGAGAGUGGCCAAGGUCGCUCGGCUCCAGGACGCGGGGCCCCCGCGCGGCUCGCGCGAGCCCGCGACUGCGCCGCUGGCCGACGGGGGCGAGGCAGCAGGCGGAGCACGGGAGUUGGCGGCAGCCCUCAUGGCGGCGAUGAAGGGCUCGGCUGCGCAAGCCGCCGCAGGAGGAGACACUGCCGCUGCCUCGGACCCCCUCGGCGCGGGGGAUGGCGGUGGCCUGCCGCGGGGCCUCGCCACCAAGCGCGCCUACUGCAGGAAACUCGCGCAGGAAUCGCCUGGCUGGUUGAGCGAGCUCACGCUCGGGCAUAUGGCGGAGUUCCUCGGGGCGCUCGAGGGGGGCGCGUCCGUGGGCCCGACCUCGGCGCUGGCGCUGCGCUGCCUGCUGACGGUCUACCUGCCGCAGAACCCGGUGCGGCAGAUCGGCGCCCCGAUGUUCCGCGAGCUGCGGGCCCUCGCAGAGGCGAUCGACGUCCUCCUGCAGGGCAAGGUGCAGCACGCGCUGGACGUCCUGACGCAGCGCGUGAAGGCGGCGCAGGUUGCGAUCAGCGACGGGCACUGGGAUGCGGCGAAGUGGCUGGAGCUAAUCCACGCGAGGGACGAACCGCCCGAGGGCAAGGCCGCUCCGAGGGGCCUCGAGCAGCGGGUCGUCAGGCUCGACGGGGCGCCCCUCGCCUUCAAGACCGCGAAGGCAUCGCAUGCCAAGAAGGAGGGCGAGAGCGCGAAGGCGUGCAGGACUCGACUUCUGGAGCUCAUCAAGGACAGCAAGCCGCCGCCCGCGCGGAAGUACGGCCCGCUGGGCCUUGCACCGCAGCAGGAGCGCAAGCGCAACGGGGCGAGCCGCCACGGGACCACGCGGUUCCUGCGCGAGCGAGUCGCAGCCUUUGUCGGGGACCCGUUCGACCAGGUCAGCGUGCCCGCGGCCGACGAGGCACUCAGUGGGGCGACGGUCGCCUACGCGGGGGAGCCGGUGGCCAAGGCCUUGCCCCGCGUGCUCGCGGAGCUGGCGCCCGGGCUGCGCAAGGCGGAGCACGCCGCGAGGCUGGGUGCCCUUGACGACGUGGGGCCCGAGGUAGCAGAGUGGCUUGCCUGCCCCGAGAAGGCCCUGCUACCCGAGGCGCAGUGGCCGAACCCGAUGCCGAGGGUCAACGUGGAGAGCGAGGCCGACUGGCGCGACCUCGCGGUGCACCUCGUGAGCCUCGGGAUCUUCACGGUGCUCCCAGAGGACGAGCUGGUCAGGGUCCGGGCCGAGCCGCUGCUCAACGGGCUCUUCGCCGUGGAGAAGAGAGGCCAGCCUGGGCCAGGAGCUAUGCGGGUCACCAGGCUGAUCCUCAACAUGGCGCCAGGCAAUGCACUCCUGAAGCCGCGCGUGGGGGAAGCCGAGGUCCUGGCAGCCUCCACGACCUGGGUGUCGCUGCACAUCCCCGAAGAGAAGCUCAUGCUGUGGCUGUGCCGCCUGCCGCCGCCCGCGGGAGCGGGGCUGCCCAUCGAGCUGGAGUGGCGGAAGGACGACUCGCUCCCCGUAGUCCAGGCCUGCAGCAGCCAGGAUGCGGGCUGGUGGCAGGUCUUCAUCGACGACUUCGAUGCCCCGGAGAUCGUCGAGGAGAAGCGGGCCCGCCAGCUGCUCGGCACGGAGUCAGACCUCCAACGGCGCGCGCGGGACAGCUACCGGCGCGCGGGGGUCGCCUACUCGUCGGAGAAGGCGCACUUGCGACAGCUGCGCGUUGAACGCAUGGGCGCAGACGUGGACGGGGAGAGUUGCAGGCUGGCGGGGCCCAGGGACAAGCUCCUCGCCACCGCCGCCCUCUGCCUCGCGACCCUGGCGGAGGACCUCGUGCCGUGGAGGCUCUGCAUGACGGUCCUCGGGAAGAUGGUGCGGACCUUCGAGUUUCGGAGGCCGCUCUUCUGCCAGCUGAACGCGAUAUGGGCGUUGUCCACGUCGCGGACGUCGGUGCGGUACAAUGCCGAGAUGGUCGAGGAGCUGAUCUUGAGCAUCAUGCUGCUGCCCACCGCGGCUACCUCCAUGCGCAGCCGCAUUGACGGCAUGGCCACCGUGUCCGACGCCUCCGAGUUCGGAGGAGGCGUUUGCGUGUCCACGGGCUUGAGGCGGGGCGCCGAGCUGGCGCUCAAUGCCUGCGGCGACAUCACGGAGCACCUCGGCGUUGGCGCGCGGUUCCCCAACAUGCCAGCCGACCCGCAGCGUCCGUGGAUUUCUUCGAGCCCGCGCAUCCCGAAGGGAAUCGUGCUCAAGGUGCUGAACGUCCUCGUCAUCGGCCUCUUCGACGGCAUCGGGGGCCUCGCCGUGGCGUUCUCGAGGCUGCCGGUGCGCAUCGUGGCCUACGUCGCGGCCGAGACGGAUGCCAAGGCCAGGCGAGUGGUCAGACUGCGAUGGCCAGGUGCGGUCGACGGGGACCUGAUCCAGGACUUGUGCGACACGUUCAACGACAGCGUCGACAUCUGCGUGGCGGGCGCGGGGGCCCCGUGCCAGGACCUCUCGCGCCUCGACCUCAGUGGAGGGGGCCUGCAUGGGCGCAAGAGCUCGCUGUUCUUCGAGGUCCCCAGGAUCUUCAAGCUCCUGCGGCUGCUCCUCGGCGCAAAGCUGCACGCGCUGCUCGAGAACGUCGCGAGCAUGGCGGAGGACAACGUGCGGGCCAUCUCUGAGUGCAUGGGGGUGGCCCCGUACCUCAUCUGCUCCUCGGUCCUCGUCCCCUGCCGGAGGCCGCGACUCUUCUGGCUGAGCUGGGCGCUGCAGAUCGUGCCGCCCCAUCGCUUGGUCGACGGGGGCUUUUGCCUGGAGGUGGUCGGGGACGCGGGGUCGGCGCUCGACGUCGAGUGGGAGGGCCCUGGCUGCUGCUGGCGAGGGCGGCCCCGCCCCUUCCCGACCUUGGUCUGCUGCAGGCCGCUGCCGAGUUUCCCGGCGGCGCCGCGCGGGCUUGCGCUUGCAUCGAGUGAGGCCGAGGCGCGCUGGAGGUGCACCGCCGUAGCCACGAAGGGCUCGAGCUCGAGCGGCGCCAAUGAUGCGAGGUGUUUCCUCCUCGGCAACAGCUUCUGCGUGUAUGUGGUGGCGUGGGCCUCGCAGCGCAUCCUCCUGGCGGAGGGCGCCCUCUCGCGGCCGCUGGCGCUGGCGGAGCUGGCGCGCGCGGGCGAGUGCCGCGAGACCUGGGGCCAGCGCGGGGCCUUCGAGGGCGACGCGGGCCUCCCCGACGCGGACGAGGCGAGGCGGCCAGUGCUUUACCUCAGCCGCGCCGAGAAGGGCGGCUCGGACAUCCGCCUGGACUGCGGCCUGCCCUACAGACCAAGAGGGAGGCCGCGGAGCAGCUUGGGCCCGUUCGCGCGGCGCUGGCGCGCGGUCGUGAGCAUGGCCUGGCCGCGCGGGCGACAGGCGCACAUCAACGUGAGGGAGUUGCAGGCGGCGCUGGCCGCGCUGCGCUGGCGGUCGCGAAAGGCCUCAGCCCGCGGGUCGCGCUGGCUCCAUCUCGUGGACAGCCGGGUCGUGGCGGCGAUCGUCACGAAGGGCCGCAGGCCGCAGCAGCAGCCGCCGAAGGGCGCCGCUGCUGCGCUGAAGCGGCGCAGCCUGCGCGGGCAGACGCUGGCGUCGCCGCGGGUCGUUGCCGCGACCCGAGUGAGAUACGCCAGAGCGGUGCAGUACGGGGUGAGCCCCCAGGAGGUCAGCGCCCUCGGCGUGGACGGCGAGGACGCCGACGGCCUCGUCGCCAACUACCUGGCGGCGAAGUGGCGAGAGGGGGCAGGCAUCGCGCUCGCCAACAACCCCGUGGCGGGCGACUGCUUCACGGUGCCCAGGCUACGGAGACGCCUGGACCUGUCGUGGGCGCUGCUGAAGGCGUGGCGACGGGCAGAGCCAGCAGCGAGGGUGUUGCCCUUCACGCCCGAGAUUGUCGGCGCCAUGGCGGGCCUGGCGGCGGACGCGGCGGCCUUCGACGUCGGAUGCCUGCUGCUCAUCAGCUUUGAAGGCCUCCUGCGGGGCGGCGAGGCGUUCGCCUCGACGACGGCAGACGUCUUGGACCGAGGCGAGGUCAUCGUGCUGCGGGUCAGCACGUCCAAGACGACGGCGGGCAAGGAUGCCGCAGAGGCCCGCGGGUGGGCGUCGAGCAUGACCGCCCGCAUCUACGCCGAGGGCGCCGUCGCCGACCUCGUUCGGGUGCGGCCAGGAGACCCGGCCGCGGCGGCCGUGCGCCACGGAGUUUUCGGCGAGGCGCAGCUGCAGGGUCCGGGGGUGGAGCUUCGGUCCGGGGUGGAUCCUUGGUCUGGGUAG